AUGAUAUUAAAAUUAGCGAUCGACAAGGACUGGACGAGCAUUGGCAUCGUGACCAUAGCGAUCAACCUAGCACCGGACCUUCAAGUGGCGAUCUCAAAGCAACAUCGCACAGCGAGCGAGAAGCAUGUACAUGAGAUCAUCAUCGUCGCGAGUCGAGUAUCGGCACUUGGUUCAAAGGAGUCGUUCACCAUAAUCAACAUGAAGAUCGGGUCGAACAGCCUGUACUAA